AUGGCUACUAAUAUCACUUGGCAUCCAAAUCUUACCUACGACGAACGUAAGGAAUUAAGAAAGCAAGACGGCUGUACCGUUUGGUUGACCGGUCUAAGUGCGUCAGGAAAAAGUACAAUAGCUUGUGCACUGGAACAAUUACUGCUUCAAAAAAACUUAUCUGCUUAUAGGUUAGAUGGUGAUAACAUUCGUUUUGGUUUGAAUAAGGAUUUGGGCUUCUCAGAAAAGGACAGAAAUGAAAACAUUCGUAGAAUUAGUGAAGUAUCCAAGCUAUUCGCUGAUUCGUGUGCUGUAUCCAUCACUUCAUUUAUUUCCCCAUACAGAGUCGAUAGAGACAGAGCCCGUGAUUUACAUAAGGAAGCAGGCUUGAAGUUCAUUGAAAUUUUUGUUGAUGUUCCAUUAGAAGUCGCUGAGCAAAGAGACCCUAAGGGUUUGUAUAAGAAAGCCAGAGAAGGUGUGAUUAAAGAGUUCACUGGUAUUUCAGCUCCUUACGAAGCUCCAAAGGCCCCAGAGUUGCAUUUAAGAACUGACCAAAAAACUGUUGAAGAAUGUGCCGCUAUCAUUUAUGAGUACCUGGUCAAUGAGAAGAUUAUCCGGAAGCAUCUAUAA